ACGAUUUCUCUCGAACUCUGCUUGGCUGAUGCAAUAGAUGUUGUCAAUAUCAAAUGAAUGUUAAUUUGCCAACAUAAGCUACUGUAAUUCAGACCGAGAAAUUUAGAAUAUUUACUUAGCUUUUUAAAUUAAACAUCUCCAUAAUGACAGAAGAGGAGUCGAUUUUUGAUCCUUCUCUCAAAAAGAAGAAGAAGAAAAAGAAGACCACAUUUGAUAUUGAGUCAGCCAUGGCAGAGGGAACUGGUGGUGUAGAUGGGGAUGGUGCUGAUGCCAGUGCUACGGACAAGGAGAACAUGGAACCAGCCAAGACUGAGGACAUGGACAUCGAUGAUAACUUAGAUCUAGACAAUUUUGGAAGGAAGAAAAAAAAGAAAAAGAAGGCGUUUAAUUUAGAAGAACUCGAUGGAGCCCUGCCAGACACCACUGGCAAGACGAAAGAAGAUGGAAUGGAGGGAGGAGAAAAUGAGGAGGCAAUUGAGGACAGUUUAUCCCUUGAUAUGGACUUUUCGACCAAAAAGAAGAAAAAGAAAAAGAAGAAGGAUCUGGACGAACUUGUAGCUGAAGAAGAAAAGAAGGAAAAGGAUCAGGGAGAUAAAGACCAUGGCUGCGCUGAAAUUGAGCGAAAACUGGAGCCUGCGGAGGAUACCUGGCUGGGCUCCGACAGAGACUACACCUACGAUGAGCUGCUCACCCGAGUGUUUGACAUCAUGAGAGACAAGAACCCAGACAUGGUCGCUGGCAAGAAACAGAAGUUUGUCAUGCGGCCUCCACAGGUCGUGCGAAUCGGCACCAAGAAAACAUCCUUCGCUAACUUUACAGAAAUCUGUAAAACGUUACAUCGACAACCGAAGCACUUGUUAGACUUCUUAUUGGCCGAGUUGGGAACUAGCGGUUCCGUGGACGGAAACAGUCAACUCAUCAUCAAGGGCAGAUUUCAGCAGAAGCAGAUAGAGAAUGUGCUGAGACGUUACAUCAAGGAGUACGUGACUUGUCACACGUGCAGAUCCCCCGACACCAUCCUGCAGAAGGACACUCGCUUGUUUUUCCUGCAAUGUGAGACUUGCGGCUCCCGAUGCUCUGUGGCCAGCAUCAAAUCUGGUUUCCAGGCUGUGACUGGAAAGCGAGCGGCAAUACGUGCGAAAACUGCCUAAUCACCUCCCAACACUUGUACAUUAACGUAACAUCUGUGCUGCGUCUCACACUUCUGCUGUCCCCCUUCGCUGCUAGACAACGUGUUUGGUCAUCCUUUGUUUUGUAUUUAUAUAUUCAAUUAUAAAUGCGCAUAUGUAAAAAUUUAUAAGUUAAUAUACGAUUUUGGUAACUUAA